CCGUCUAGCAGUCUGACUUCAGAGGAGAAAGGACCGAGACAUACAGAAUUUUACUUUUUAUCUCCCGUCACAGUCACGGAUUGCUUUAAAGCGUUUCUUAAAAAUUGAGAAAAAAAAUCUGGAUAACGCUACAGCUAAAAUAGUUACGAUCUGACGUUCAGGAAAAGGUCGAAACCAUGCCAUCCAAAACGACGAAAAGCUCCACUGCCGCCAGGCAGAGGGGGAAGGGGGCGCAGGCUCGGGAUGACUCGGACGAGGAGCUGGAUGUACCCCCAGCAGAAACGAACUUAAAUGGCCAAGGAGCAACACCGACAAAUGAUGCCGCUCCGCGGUCGCCCGUCGAGGCGGUUGAUAACCGAAGUUUGGAGGAGAUUCUCGGUAGCAUCCCUCCACCCCCGCCCCCAGCAAUGACCAAUGAACCGGGCGCUCCUCGCUUGAUGAUAACGCAUAUUGUUAACCGGAACUUUAAAUCAUAUGCGGGCGAGCAGGUACUGGGGCCUUUUCACAAGCGCUUUUCCUGUAUCAUUGGGCCGAAUGGAAGUGGAAAGUCCAAUGUGAUAGAUUCCAUGCUCUUUGUGUUUGGGUACAGAGCUCAAAAGAUCAGGUCCAAAAAGCUCUCUGUGCUCAUACACAGUUCUGAUCAGCACAAGGACAUUCAGACAUGCACUGUGGAGGUGCAUUUUCAGAAAAUUAUUGACAAGGAAGGAGAUGAGUAUGAAGUCAUCCCCAACAGCAAGUUCUGCGUUUCCAGAACAGCCAGCAAAGACAACUCCUCAGCCUAUCAGAUCAGCGGCAGGAAGGCCACCUUCAAAGAUGUGGGGAUUCUCCUGCGCAGCCACGGCAUUGACCUGGACCACAACCGCUUCUUAAUCCUACAGGGAGAGGUGGAGCAGAUCGCGAUGAUGAAGCCUAAAGGCCAGUCUGAUCAUGACGAGGGCAUGCUGGAGUACCUGGAGGACAUCAUCGGCUCCUGCCGGCUCAAGGAGCCCAUCCAGACCCUGUGCUGCCGCGUGGAGCAGCUCAACGAGCAGCGGGGCGAGAAGCUGAACCGUGUAAAGAUGGUGGAGAAGGAGAAGGCCGCUUUGGAAGGGGAGAAGAACGUGGCUGUGGAGUUCCUCACUCUGGAGAAUGAGAUCUUUCAGAAGCGCAGCUACCUGUGCCAGCAUUAUGUCCACGACCUGCAGAAGAGGGUGACUGAGAAGGAAGCUGAGAAGGAGAAGAUCCAGGAGGACAACAAGGAGCUCGCUGAGGAAAACGAGAAACUUGCUGAGCAGAUGAAAGUCAAAACCCAGGACCUGAAAAACGUGGAAAAGAAACUGGGGAAGCUGACUAAGUUCAUUGAAGACCAGAAGGAGAAGUUCACCCAGUUGGACCUGCAGGACGUGGAGGUGCGUGAGAAGCUGAAGCACACCAAGACCAAGACCAAGAAGCUUCAGAAGCAGCUUCCGAAAGACAAGGAGAAGCUGGAGGAGGUGAGGAACAUCCCAGCCAGCAGUGAGAAGAUCAUCACUGAGGCAACAGCCAAGAGAGAGAGCCUGGAGAAGCAGAAGGUGGUGGAGGAGGAGAAGCUGAAGAAAGUGAUGGAGAGCCUGAAGGAGGAAACCUGCGGGCUGCAGCAGGACAAAGAGGCGAAAGAGAAGGAGCUGUUGGAGUUGAGUAAGGGAGUGAAUGAGACGCGCUCCCAGAUGGACGUGGCGCAGUCGGAGCUGGAUAUCUACCUGAGCCGCCACAACAUGGCGCUGACGCAGCUGAACAAGGCCAAGGAGACGCUGCAGAGCACCACCGCCACACUGCGCGAGAGGAAGGCCGCCAUCAAAGAGCUGCAGACCAGCAUCCCCGAGCGCGAGCAGGAGCUCAGUAAGGAUGAGCAGGAGCUGGAGAAGCUGACGCAGGUGGAUGUGAAGGCCCAGGGCGUGGUGAAGGACAUUCGGCAGAAGGUGGAGGAGGCCAAGAGCUCUCUGUCCUCCAACCGCAGCCGGGGGAAGGUCCUGGAUGCUCUGAUGCAGCAGAAGAAGAGCGGCAAAAUCCCCGGCAUCCUGGGCCGGCUGGGAGACCUGGGCGCCAUUGAUGAGAAGUAUGACGUGGCCAUCUCCUCGAGCUGCGGCUCGCUGGACAACAUCCUGGUGGACACCAUCGACACGGCUCAGAAGUGCGUCAACUUCCUCAAGACGCAGAACAUCGGGGUGGCCACCUUCAUCGGCCUGGACAAGAUGAAGGUGUGGGAGCAGAGCAUGGGGCGGAUCCAGACGCCGGAGGACGCGCCGCGGCUCUUCGACAUGGUCAGCGUGAAGGACGAGGCCCUGCGGCCGGCCUUCUACUUCGCCCUGCGCGACACGCUGGUGGCGCAGAACCUGGAGCAGGCCACUCGCCUGGCCUUCCAGCGCGACAAGCGCUGGAGAGUGGUGACCCUGCAGGGCCAGAUCAUCGAGCAGGCCGGAACGAUGACUGGAGGGGGCGGGAGGGUGAUGCGUGGCAGGAUGGGCUCUUCCAUAGGGUCAGAGGUCACACAGGAAGAGCUGGACCGCAUGGAGAGCCGGCUGCAGACGGAGGUGCAGCAGCUGCAGAGCUGCCAGGAGCGCAGGCUGCAGCUGGAGGAGCGCAUCCACAGCCUGCGCAACGAGCUGCGCACCAUGAAGAACACGCUGGAGAAAUAUACCGCCAGCAUGCAGAGCCUGUCGGAGCAGGAGCUGCACCUGAAGGCCCAGAUGAAGGAGCUGGAGGCCGGCGUGGUGGCGGCCGCUCCCGAUAAGAGCCGGCAGAAGCAGAUGGAGAAGAGCCUGGAAGCCUUCCGGAAAGAUUUCGAGGCGGCGGCGAGCCGGGCGGGGAAGGUGGAGGCGGAGGUGAAGAGGCUGCAUAGUCUCAUCGUGGAGAUCAACAGCCACAAGCUGAAGGCCCAGCAGGACCAGCUGGACAGGAUCAGCCAGGAGCUGGACGCCUGCUCGUCCGCCAUCACCAAGGCCCAGGUGGCCAUAAAGACAGCGGACAGGAACCUGAAGAAGUCUGAGGAGGCGGUGUCGCGUCUGGAGGCGGAGAUCCAGGAGGGCGAGAAGGCCAUGGAGGACAUGACCGAGCAGCUGAAGAAGCUGGAGGAGCAGGCCGCUGCCGUCAUGACCGAGUGUCAGCAGGCAGAGGACGCCCUGCCUGAGGUGCAGGAAGGGCACCGUGGCGUGUCCCAGGAGAUCAAGGCCAUCCAGGAGAAGGAGCACGCCCUGCAGAAGGAGUCCCUCGGAGUGCGCCUGAAGGUGGAGCAGAUCGAGGCUGCCAUCGCCGAGAACCAGAACAAGAUCCGGCACUGGCAGAAAGAGGCCUCCAGGAUCUCUCUGCACGCCAUCGAUGGGCAGCCCGCUGUGGAGCUGCCCCAGCUGACCCCCGAGGACCUGGAGGCCGGCCCCGACGCCGACAUCAUCAAGAAGAAGAUCGCCCUGCUGGAGGCGCGCUGCGAACAGAUGAAGCCCAACCUGGGCGCCAUCGCGGAGUACAGGAAGAAGGAGGAGCUCUACCUGCAGCGCGUGGCGGAGCUGGAUGACAUCACCACGCAGAGGGACAGUUUUAAGCGGGGAUGUGAGGACCUGCGCAAGCAGCGGCUGAACGAGUUCAUGGCCGGCUUCAACAUGAUCACCAACAAGCUGAAGGAGAACUACCAGAUGCUGACCCUGGGGGGCGAUGCUGAGCUGGAGCUGGUGGACAGUUUGGACCCCUUCUCUGAGGGCAUCAUGUUCAGCGUUCGGCCUCCGAAGAAGAGCUGGAAGAAGAUCUUUAACCUGUCGGGCGGGGAGAAGACGCUGAGCUCCCUGGCGCUGGUCUUCGCUCUGCACCACUUCAAACCCACGCCGCUCUACUUCAUGGACGAGAUCGACGCCGCGCUCGACUUCAAGAACGUGUCCAUCGUGGCGUUCUACAUCUACGAGCAGACUAAGAAUGCCCAGUUCAUCAUCAUCUCCCUGCGGAACAACAUGUUUGAGAUCGCCGACCGCCUCAUCGGCAUCUACAAAACGCACAACACCACCAAGAGCGUGGGCAUCAACCCCAAAAUCAUCGCUGCCAAGGACCUGCAGGAAGUGGGCUCUGCUUGAGCCAGCCAAUCAUAAGCCUGCCUCCCCUUUACCUGUCCUGUCUGUCUCAACUUCUAUCUGUUUACCUGUGUUGUAUAAUUGUAAAUCUUAACCUCUUUUUUUCCUGUUUCUUUUUGAUAAAGCUGCUGUAGUUUUAUAUUAAACGAAAAAUAAAAUUCUUUAUAAUCUUUA